AAUACGGAUUAAUUUUUUUUUCCUUUUUCUUUUCUCCUUGUUGCGGUGGGAUGGUAUGGUUUGGAUGGAUUGAGAGGGCCGAUUCUAUCUGGUACAAACUUGUAUAUUAAGAGGGAGGCAUUAUGCGGAAAGUUAAUUCCAGAAGGUAUAGACCUUGACGAAGUCAAGAAUACUUUUGGUUCCUCCAUUGGGUUCAUUAAAUCUCUUGUUCAGGAACACAAGCCCAAUCUGAUGAUCAAUGACAGGAACUCUUCAGACACGUUGAAGCAACAGGCCAAUGUUUUAGCCUCUUGUGCUUAUGAAGAUCAAACGCAAUGGGGAGUAAAGGUAGGAUUUAGGUAUCAUUCUGUGGUGGAAGAUUACUUCACAGGGUUCAUGUUGCACUGUAAAGGUUGGAGAUCAGUGUAUCUUAGUCUAAGGCGGCCGCAGUUUCUAGGAACUGGAGUCACAAAUUUAAAUGACCUGUUGGUUCAGGGAACAAGAUGGGGUUCUGGGUUGGUUGAAGUAGGCAUCUCAAGAUUCUGCCCUCUCAUUUAUGGACCUCAACAAGGAUUGCCUCUGCUUCAGAGCAUGGCCUAUGCAGAACUUGCAUUUUUCCCUCUUCUUUAUAGCCUUUCUCUUUGGUGUUUUGCUACCAUUCCUCAACUCUGUCUCCUAAAUGGCAUCCCCUUGUACCCUGAGGUUUCAAGUCCAUAUUUUAGUGUGUUUUUGUUAACCUUCCUAUCGGGCUUGUUUAAACAUUUACAUGAGGUCCUCAUGGAUGGGAAGACAAUCCAAACAUGGAGAAAUGAACAGAGGACAUGGAUGAUUAAGUCAGUUACUGCCCAUUUAUAUGGAAGCUUGGAUGCAAUUAUGAAAAAGCUCGGUCUAAGGGAAGCCAGCUUCAUGCCUACAAGUAAAAUCAUGGAUGGUGAACAAUUGACAACAUACAAAAAGGGUCUCAUUGAUUUCCAGGCAUCAACGAUGUUAAUUUCGCCGUUCGUUACCCUAGCAAUCUUGAACGUGGUGUCACUGGCCGGAGGAAUCAUCAGAAUGACGGUAGUGGGAGAUUGGAGAAAGAUGUUGGGACAAGUCUUGCUCUCAUGUUACAUAUUGGUCAUCAAUUAUGCAGUAAUUGAAGGGAUGGUUAUAAGGAAGGACAAGGGGCGGAUCGCGUUGCAUGUCACUCUAUUAUCUGCUGUAUUUUCAGUAAUGUUUUUGUUAGUUGGAUCUCUCAUUCUAAUUAUGUUCUAGAUGACAUUUCCAAAAUGGUUCAGUAGUAAUAAAUUGCAAGACAAUUGCAUUUGCUUCUAUUAGAGUUUGAUGAAGUAUGUAUGCCUUUAGUGAAUGGAUUUUUGCACUUUGAUUUUGGUUAUGAG